AUGGCUAUGUUAAAAGUUUCUGAAAUAUCACCACAUAUUGAAAAAAAUAGAAUGAUUAAUAUUACAGGAUAUAAAGAGAGUGGACUAGACAAACAUAUUUUGUAUUUAGUAAAUGUAUGCAUUAGUGAUUGUCAAUGGACUGUUGAAAAAAGAUAUAAUGACUUUGUUAAAUUUGACAAAAUUCGUUUUCCUAAUCAAAAAAAAUCAAAAUUACCUAAGAAAAAAUUUAUUGGAAAUAAAGAUCCUAUAUUUUUAGCAGAAAGAAAAGUAGAAUUAGAAAAAUAUCUACGUACUACAAUAGAGGAUGAAUUACAAUUAUGUAAAAAAGAAAAUAAACAUAAUAUUAACAAAAUUACUGCACGAUUUUUAGACUUUCAUCAAUAUGAAAUUCAUUCAAUUGUUGAAGAUUUAUGUGAACAGUUAGCUGCUAAAGGAUCAAAAUGGUUAGAAGAAAAUGAAAAGAAACCAAAAUAUUUUGAAUUUACAGCAAUAGAAAUAUAUUCAAUUGCAGAAAGAAUGAUGUUACCAAUUCCUACAUGUAAUGAUAAUGAUUAUGAAACUGAUGUAUCACAUGUUAUGGACUUUUUAACUAGUAUUCGUAAUUUAAAGAUAAAAGGGUCGAAGAAUUUUGUUGACAAUUCAAAUAUCUUGUCAAAUACACUUCCGCUUAAUCUUCACUUUAUCAGAAACCUCAAUGCUCUUUGGUUAACUGAUGGAGAUAUUCGAAUGUUAGGAGGGUUAAAUCGUGUUAAAAAAACAUUGACAAGGAUUACAAUACAUUAUAGUAUGAAAAAACUUAGUGAUUUGUUUGGAAAAGAAUUAAAUGUCUCUUUACAAAAUAAUUCUAAUUGGGAUGUUUUAAAAGAUGCAGACUUUUCUUUUAAUGAAUGUACUGAAAUAGAUGAAUCCAUUAUUGUUCUUACUUCUUUAGUUAAACUAUCUUUAAAUUAUAAUCAAAUACAUUCAAUAGGUAAUUCACUUCAUAAUUUAACACACCUAACAGAAUUAAAUUUAUCAAAUAAUUGCAUAUCAAAUAUUGACAAUUGGCAUCUUAAACUUGGAAAUAUAAAAAAACUUAAUCUAUCCGGUAAUGAUAUAACAAAUCUUCAAGGAUUAUCAAAAGUAUUUUCAUUAGAAUAUCUUGAUGUAUCAGAUAAUCUUUUAGGAAAUAUUGAAUCAAUUAAAGGUAUUGAAAAUUUACCUGUUUUAGAAAAAUUAAAAUUAAAUGGUAAUAAAAUACAAAAGAUACCUGAUUAUCGUGUAAAAGUUUUAUAUAUCUUUGGAAAACGUUUCUCAGAAGUUAUUUUGGAUGGUGUUAAAUGUGAUGUUGGGGAAGCUGAUACUAUUAAAAUAAGACUAGCAUUAGAAAAGAUAAAAAUUAAACAACUUGAUGAUGAAAAUAAAAAAUCAAACAACCAUUCAAUAAUUACUUCAAAUGAGGAUGAAUUUAGUGACUUUUCUGAGGUAGAAUGUUUCAAACGUGAAAAAAUAGAUUAUAAUAAUAAAAAAAUAUUAGAAGAUGAGGAAACAUUUCAUGACUCAAAUGAAUAUUUACCAUCUAACAAUUAA